GGGUUCCCACUGCUGCUUCUAGGUGUUGACUGGCAGCAUGGCAUCGGAGGACUUGCUGCUGGACCCGGCCAUUCGGCUUUGGGUCGUCUUUCCCAUUAUCAUCAUUGCGUAUUGCAUUGGUCUUUGCCGUCAUUAUGCCAGCGUCCUGGUGGGCUCGCAGCCCGAGGCUAAACCCGAGGCUUUGAAGGAAGCGAACGUUUUGGAGCGGUCGGCCCGCCUGCGCAUCAAUGGACAGUACAUUCCGCGCCACGCAUUCUUGGCGCGCAAGCAGUACUUUAACGGUGACAAGACGGGCAUUCUCAGCAAAGCCAAGUCGGAGAAUGAAAACAAGCAGCCAGUCAACCCCAUGCAAGAUCCAUCCAUGAUGACGGACAUGAUGAAGAAGCAAAUGAUCAACAUGGUUCCCAUGGUUGUCAUUGGUGGACUCAUCAACUGGGUCUUUUCCGGCUUUGUGAUUAUUCGUGUUCCCUUUCCCUUGACCAUUGCCUUCAAGCCCAUGCUGCAGCGAGGCAUCGAGCUGACGACGCUCAGCGCUUCUUGGGUGAGCUCCAUGUCCUUUUACUUUACUUGUGUUUUUGGGUUGUCUGCCGUGUACACUCUGGCCCUCGGGAGCAACAACGAGGCGGAUCAGUCAGCCAUGAUGCAGCAGCAAAUGGCCAUGACCAAGACCCCGCAGCAACCAGGCCAGGCCUACAAGGCCGAAUGGGAGGCAUUGCAGGUGAUGCGCCACGACUGGGCACUCCACUCUCAGCAGCACCUAGGCAGCGAUGUUGUGGAUGUCCGCCACGACUUGGCCGGUGUCGAGCAGGACCUGAUUCGUGCUUGGGCCUAAAUUUUCAUGCCCAUGCGACGCGUUCUGGCAACCUGUUUGUAAACUCUUCCCAGAUCGAUGGGUUUUUGAAAGACAUGGCGCUAUGUGACUUGGUCUUCAAAUUUUCAAAUUCGUUUUGUUC